AUGCUGUGGUCUCACUGCGGCACAGCAGAAGGCCUGGUGGACCCCACUGAGCCUGAGUUUUCUACACGAAGGAUUCGGAGUGACUUGGUGGCCUUUGAGGAUGUGGCUGUGCGCUUCAGUCUGGAGGAGUGGGCUUUACUGCAGCCUGCACAGAAGAAGUUCUACAGAGAAGUGAUGUGGGAAACCUUCAGGAACCUGGCCUCAGUCAGUAAGGAUGACAAAAGUCACCUUGUAGAGAGACUCCAUAAAGGUGAAAAAAAUGGCCAAUGUGGGGAAAAUGUUGGCUUUAUUCCAAAUCUCAAUGUGAAGAAGAAAACUUUUCCUGGAGGAAAACCCUGGGAAUAUAGUGUGUGGGGGAAAGUCUUCAUAGAUCAGUCAUCCCAUAAUGGGGAUAUCACAUGUCACAAUGGACACAAACCCUCUGAGUAUCAGAAAUAUGGAGAGAAGCCAUAUAAGUGUAACAUGUGUGGGAGAGCUUUCAGCUAUCUUCAGUGUUUUGAAAAACAUGAACAAAAUCACAAUGUUGAGAAACCCUAUAAAUGUGUGGAAUGUGGGAAAACCUUCAUGUGGUUCAAAACCCUUCAGAGACACAUGAUCACACACACUGCAGAUGCUCCUUACAGAUGUAAGGUGUGUGUGAAAACCUUCAGUUCUUCAACUUCAUUGCAAAUAUGUGAAAGAACCCACAGAGGAGAGAAGCCUUACCAAUGUCAACAUGGAAAAACCUUCAGAUGUUAUAAAAGUUUUCAAAGACAUGAAAGAAAUCACACUGAAGAGAAACCCUAUCAGUGUAAAAAAUGUAGUAAAGCAUUCAUGUAUUCCAGUUAUCUUCGAAUCCAUGAAAGAACUCACACUGAAGAAAAACUCUAUCAGUGUACAGAGUGUGGAAAGGCCUUCAGAUCUCCCAGUUCCUUACAACCACACAAAAGGACUCACAUAGGAGAGAAACCCUAUGAAUGCAAGGAAUGUGGAAAAGCCCUCAGUAAUAAUAGGUCCUUACAAAUACAUGAAAGGACUCACACUGGAGAGAAACCAUAUGAAUGUAAACAUUGUGGUAAAACCUUCAGUGCUCCCAAUUAUGUUCGAAAACAUGAAAGAACUCACAUUGCAGAAAAACCCUAUGAAUGUAAGGAAUGUGGAAAAUCCUUUAGGUUUUCUAAUUCCUUGCAAACACACGAAAGGACUCACACAGGAGAGAAACCCUAUGAAUGUAAAGAAUGUGGAAAAUCCUUCAGAUAUUCUAGUUCUUUACAAAUGCACAAAAGGAUUCACAAAGGAGAGGAACCCUAUGUGUGUAAAAAAUGUAGUAAAACAUUCAGAUAUCCCAGCAAUCUUUGAAUACAUGAAAGAAUUCACAGUGGAGAAUCUUAUGAAUGUAAAGAGUGUGGAAAGGCCUUCAUAUCUUACAGUUCCUUACAAAUGCAUGAGCGGACUCACACUGGGGAGAAACCUUUUGAAUGUAAACAUUGUGGUAAAGCCUUCAUCUCGAAAAUCCCUGCAAAGACACGUGAAAAUGCAGGCUUGACAUACAGCUUUUCAAUGUAAGGAAUGUGAGAAAGCACUCACUUGCCUUAAUUUGUAUCCCAGAUAUAAAAGGUUUUCACACUGGAAAGAAACACUGUGAGUGAAAACAAUGUGGUAAAGCCUACAGAGAACAGAGGUCCUUACAAUGAUAUGAAAGAACUUAUACUGGGGAAAAACCUGUGAGUGUUAGGUGUGUGGAAAAGCUUUUACUUUUAACAAACCCUUCCAAGUCAUGAGAUGAAAGUGUGUACAACUGAGAAAACUAUGCAGAUAUGAGGCAUGUGGAAGCGCCUUCAGCCAUUUCGCCUCUGAAGGCGUGAGAGGACCUGCUGGGUCAAACCUCUCGAAUGUGAAUAGUGUGGGAAAGGCUUAGUCAGGCCUGUAUCCUUACAUAUAGAACUUCCACACACACAAAUAUAAAAAUGUAAAUAAUGUACGAAG